ACACGAGCCCGGGGACGCGCAGCUCGCACCCAAAACCACCAGGAGCGAGUCUCACGCGCGUCCACGUGCAUGGAUCGAGGACGCAUCAGCUAAAGCUAAACGGGCAGCAGGCUACCAGGCCCAGAUUAUUCACGGAGUCCCCCGUCGUUCAUUUUGUUCAGGCGGACCGCCGACCGGCAGGGAUUAGAAACGUGCACGAUCAUAUGAGUGAGAAGGGGGGAAGAAUAGCGCAAGAUGGUUCGGGAAACCAGACACCUUUGGGUGGGAAAUUUACCCGAACAUGUCCGAGAGGAGAAAAUCGUGGAGCAUUUUAAACGGUAUGGGCGUGUGGAAAGUGUCAAAGUCCUGCGCAAGCGGGGGUCAGAGGGUGGUGUUGCAGCCUUUGUGGAUUUUGUGGAUAUCAAAAGUGCGCAGAAGGCUCACAAUGCUGUCAACAAGAUGGGAGACAGGGACCUUCGGACUGACUACAAUGAACCUGGGUCAGUCCCUAGUGCUGUUCGGGGCCUUGAAGACGGCUCACCCUCGAGCAGUCGAGACGUUACAGGAUUCACUAGGGGAACAGUUGGUCCAGUGUUUGGCCCACCUGUUUCCCUUCACACCAGAGAGGGACGUUAUGAACGGAGAAUAGAUGGUAGCUCAGAAAGCCGUGAACGUGCAUAUGAUCACAGCCCAUAUGGACACCAUGAACGCAGUGGUACUUUCGACAGACAGCGUCACUACAAUGCUGAUUAUUACCGUGAUCGUUCCAUGUUUGCUGCUGCUGGCCCAGGGAGCAGUGCUAUCGCGGGGAGCUUUGAGGCAUCAGACCCACAUUUUGACUCUAGAAUUCGAGACCCCUUUACUCUGACUAAUUCUACACGACGUGACCUAUACAGAGACGACAGAGGACGACGGGUUGAUAGAACCUACCAUCACCGUCGGAGCCGAUCAUCUCAUUCCUCGCAGUCAAGGCACCCUUCCCCACAACGGACCACAGGACAAACCCCCAAAACACCUCAUUCCCCUAAAAGAGCUCCUUUGUCCCCUGGAAGAGGUCCACGAUCCCGAUCCCACAGCAGAUCUUCAAGCUCUGAUUCUGUCAGCAGCACCAGCAGCACGGGCAGCGGCAGUGAUUCAAACAGCAGCUCAAGUGAUGGAUCUCGGGCACACUCUGUUCAGUCGUCGGCUACACACGCACCUACUCAGUCUUCUAUGGGACUUGACUCCGAUGAGCCACGCAGAAGCUUUGGAAUUAAAGUGCAAAACCUACCAGUACGCUCCACAGACACAAGCUUAAAAGAUGGACUUUUCCAUGAAUUCAAGAAACAUGGGAAAGUGACCUCAGUACAGAUCCAUGGAGCAACAGAAGACCGCUAUGGUUUGGUGUUCUUUAGGCAACAAGAAGAUCAGGAGAAAGCCCUCACCGUCUCCAAAGGAAAGCUGUUCUUUGGCAUGCUUAUUGAAGUCACGGCCUGGAAUGGCCCAGAAACAGAGAGUGAAAAUGAAUUCAGGCCCUUGGAUGGGCGGAUAGAUGAGUUCCACCCAAAGGCCACAAGGACACUAUUUAUAGGCAACCUUGAGAAGACCACCAGUUAUCAACAACUCCUUGAUAUUUUUCAACGCUUUGGAGAAAUUGUGGACAUUGACAUCAAGAAAGUAAAUGGAGUUCCCCAGUAUGCCUUUGUGCAGUAUUCUGAUAUUGCCAGUGUCUGCAAGGCCAUUAAGAAGAUGGAUGGAGAGUAUCUGGGAAGCAACAGACUGAAGCUUGGAUUUGGAAAGAGUAUGCCCACUACGUGUGUUUGGCUAGAUGGUUUAGCAACCAGUGUUACAGAGCAAUACCUCACACGGCAUUUCUGCCGUUAUGGACAUGUAGUGAAGGUUGUGUUUGAUAGAUUGAAAGGGAUGGCCCUCAUCUUGUACAACAACACAGAUUUUGCUCAGGCAGCUGUAAGGGAGACCAAAGGUUGGAAGAUUGGUGGUAAUAAAAUAAAGGUGGACUUUGCAAGUCAAGAGAGUCAGAUGGCAUUCUACCGAUCCAUGCAGGCAUCCGGACAAGACAUUAGAGACUUCUAUGAAAUUCCUGCUGAACGACGAGAGGAACGCAGACCUCCAUACCAUGAAUUUACUGCAGAAAGGGCUUACUAUGAGAAUAUACGAACCCCUGGCAUCUAUCCAGAGGAAGCUCGAAGAGACUUUGCUGCUCGCAGCAGAGAACGUUUUCCUGAACUGGAACACUAUCAGGGGGAACACUUUGACCCACGCUAUCAUGAAGACCCAAGAGAAUACAGGGAUUACAGAGACCCCUUUGAGCAAGACAUCCGAAAAUACACAUAUAUUCAAAGAGAGCGUGAAAGAGAGCGAGAACGUUUUGAGGCUGACCGCAGCAGGUGGAGCCCUUCCCAUCCAAGGCGACCUGUUACUCCUACGGUAUCGCCUUCACCAUCUGAGCGUGUUCCCAGAGAAGCAGAACGGCGGGUUUACAGCCAGUCCUCUGAGCGAAGUGGUAGUGUGAGUUCAAUGUCACCACCACACUUUGAUAAAUCUGAAAAGGCCGUCCCUGAACUUGCCUCGAAGAGUGAUAAGAGCAGCCAACCAGAUCGUGUGGCUGAGAAAACCAGUGCUGAGAAAACCAAACGUGCAAAACGAAAGGAAAAAGGUGACAAAGACAAAGCUGAGAAGAUUAAAUCAAGGAAAGCAAAGGGGCAAUCCCCAUCCAACCCAUUACCUGAAACGGAGCCUGAGCCUGGUUUUGAUGGAGGGUCUGCAAGAGGAAGGGGUUCAGACCAGGAUGCUCAUGAGAGGCAGAAAACUAAAGGGGAUGGUGAAUCUCUUACUGGAAAUCAGUUGCCAACUGCUUAUCAAGACUCUGUUAAAAGUGAAAGAUCUGAAAUGAGUAAAAUUGAGAAUUCAGACUUGGAUGGAAAAAACAGACUCAAGAAACAGCUAAAGCCUGAUAUUGUAAAUGAUGGAAAAGAUUCAAUAGUGGACUCGGAUCGCCUUGCUGCAAGAAAAAGGCGCUUUGCUGAUUCAGGUGGUCGGACUAUUCGUCAGAAAAGAAGCAGGCAUGAGGAGGAGGAUGUUUUUCCCUCCGCUGACUUUGGUGCUAGUGCCACAUAUUUUAAAGAGUCGGAAAAUGACAAAAACAAAGAUUCACAACGCAGAGAUUCAAGACUCAAAGCUGAUAAAAGUGGCAUUCCUAAGGAUGGUCAAGAGGACCUUAGAGGGCAAAGAGAGAAAUCGGAGGGAUCUUUGGACCCACUGGAGUCAAAACGACAUCCAGGGCACACUUCAUCCAGAAGGUUUUCCCAUGAGGUGAUUACAGACCCAAGCAUUAUAAGAGAGCAAGAACACCAUGCUGCUUUCAAAUUUGCUGCUCAGAAUACCGACUCUGAUAAAAGUGGUAAAAACAAAGAAGACUAUGUUGAUAUUGACCUCUCUCAGAGUUACCGCAAGCAAAUGGAGCAAAAUAGACGGUUGCACCAGCAGCAACAGCAGCGUGAGUCUGACAAAUCUGAUAAACCAGGAAGUCCUCAUGGAAGUGAAACGGAGGACAUGGAACAUCGCAGUCUUGUGCAUGAAGUUGGUAAACCACCUGAGGAUGUCACAGAUAAUUUCCCGUCUCACAAACUAAAGAAACUAGACCUAUUUGAACCUGAUUCAGGAAUUAAGAGGGAGCGUGUCUACAGGAGCUUUAGACAAAAAAGUGAAGAUCCUGACUGGAACAACAUCCCCUCUCCAGGACUUCAGCACUUCUCUCACCAUGGAGAUGAGGACUUUGUGGACCCUUCUCAGAAAGAGUUAAGUAGAAAUGAGGAAAAGAUUCACCCAGAACUGGAGCUAUUAGUCAAAAGGACACAUAACACACAGGCAAACAAGCCAAACACCCCUUUACUUAGUGUGGAAGAAGAGCAACAAAAGAGAUGGGAGAGCAGAGUUAAACAAGACGUGUUACCUGACCUGACCCUUUCGCGAAGUCUAAGUAAGAACAUUCACAAUCGCAAGCGUUUGGAAUUUGGUAUUUGGCAUGACUUGGAGCCUGGGGAAGUACGAUCCGACUCUGAGGAGGACAGAGAGAACAAACCCCACUCUCCCAUGCCGUCCACAUCUAUGCCUUUUACCGAAAGGCCAAGGGUUGACAGGUUUUCAGACCCUAAAAUCGCACAUCUUGAAAGGAACAAAUUCUACUCCUUUGCACUUGAUCAAACUAUCACACCUGAUACAAAGGCUCUGCUUGAACGUGCAAAAUCUCUUUCCUCUUCAAGAGAAGAUAACUGGUCAUUCUUGGAUUAUGAUUCUCACUUUGCAAGUUUACGCAACAGAAAGGAUACUGAGAAGGUAGAAUCAGCACCACGACCUACACCUUCCUGGUACAUGAAAAAGAAAAAGAUUCGAAGUGGGUCUGAAGACAAACUUGAUGACAGGAAGGAGGAACCUAAGCCAGAGGAACAGGAACGCAGGGAACUUUUUGCCUCACGCUUCCUUCACAGCCCCGUCUUUGAGCUGGACUCUAGGCGACUUCAAAACUUGGAACGCAAACACGAAGAACCUGAACAUACACAAAACCAACAGCCUGGUCAGCAAGGGACAGAUGGUGAACUUGACUCUGGGCCAGUUGUCCUUUUCCAUAGUCGUUUUUUGGAACUAACACGACUGCAACAACAGAAGAAUAAAACCCAUCAGCUGCUGGAGGCAAAAGGAGACACAGUGCUCACAGAUGAGAAUAAAGUGGAAAAAGCACCUGUUCAAGAGCAACAUGCUUUGCAGUCGCCUGAAACAAUGGAAUCGAUCAUGGAGCCAGAAAUUAAACCCAUCAGUCCUGCUGAAGAGCUGAUCUCUGAACUCAGAAUCGCACCAACUUCUGUCACCCAAUCUGUGGUCAAAGACUUUCCUCCACCAGAGGAGAAAUGUAUUGCUCUAAACCAGCCCCCUGAUCUAUGUACCCCUGUGUCCAUCAUAAAGGAAGAGAAAAAAGAAGAGGUGAAAGAAAGUGAACCGGUCGUUCCCAUGUACUACCCAUUAACUGAGGCACCAUCUGAUACUGAACCUACCCAUAUAGCAGCACAUGAACCCAGUUAUUCAGUGGAUAGAUGUAAACCUUCUGCAUCUGAAGGGAAAUUGGAUAUUGCUGAGGAUGUAAAACCUCUGUGUACUGAAAAACCAUGCCGUCGUGACUCUCAUGAUGAGUUUGUUAGCAUUUCAGAAGCAGAGCUGGAUCCUGAGACAACACAACCAGAAGUGCCUGAAGCCCAUAGUCCCAUACCACCUACUCUUCUAGAGGAAGAGAAAGAAACUCACAUGGUUUGGACAGCAGUAGCAGAGCCUGAGGGAGAGAGGAAACUUCAAUUUAGUAAAGUGCAGAUGCCUAUUGAUGAUGACACAAAUGAUGAGCCAGUCUCACCUCAGAAAGAUCAUAAAACAAAAGAAAUGAAAAAUAAAAAGUGCAAACAAUCCCCAGCUCAAGUUGCUCCUGUUCCCGUCAUAUCUACCUCUAGUUCUGAGAAACAAGCAACACGCAAGAGUGAGCGCAUUGACAAAGAGAAGCUGAAACGUGGAUCAUCCCCAAGAGCUGAAUCGAAGUCCACAGGCAAAUCUCCUAUUCAUGGAUCAGAACCUGAUAUGUCCGAGCCGGGCAUAUCAGCAGGCAGAGCAAGGCGAAGGAAUGUUAAAUCAGUGUAUGCCACUCCAGUUGAAGAUGAUGCGCCAGUUCGUUCUGGAAAGGAAACUGAGUCACCGCGCUCUGUGCGAAAGCGAGGUACAGACAAAGAGGCCACACAACAACAAAAUAUCGAACAGGAUCCACCUGCCCCAAUUCCUACAACUAAAAGGGGCCGUCCACCCAAGAAUCGUAGACAAGGUGACGAGAGUUCAAUAGUAAAAGUAGAAAAAUUUAAAAUGGACAAAGACACAGAUUCAAAUGAAUCAGAAGGUGGGGAACGGUUUCCAAGAGUGUCAAAAGGAAAAACAUCCCCUCAUAGCACAAAGAGUUCAUUGAAUCCAAUGUCGACAGUCCUAGGAUUUGGAUCAACAAGGAAGGGGGAAAAAACUGAGGUAGCUGAUGAUGAUCAGGAAAUGGAUUUCACAGAUGAAGAUUCCUUGCCUUUGCAAGAAUCAUCAAGUUCAUGUAAAGAAGAACCAACAAUAAAAGUUGACCAAAAGAAAGAGGAGAAAGACAAACAAGUAAGAGAAUUGGGCAGAAAUAAAGAUGUUUUCCAUGAAAAGGCUUGUGAGGGUAAAUCAAAUGGGAAAGAGACAGAUUCCCAAGUCUUGGAAGGGAAACCCACCUUGGAAAAAGACAGGAUUGUUCGAGGAAAAACCAAGUUGACUAGGACUCCCAAGUCUCCUGUUCUUAAGAACCUCAAAAUCAGACUAAAUGUGACUGAGGUGAAAGAUCUGCUUCAAUUGGGGGAUGAUGAACAAGAAGAUUCUUCAAAAAAGUUGAGGCCUGGUGACCAGAGUGAUAAUGUUUCAAAGUGUACUAAUGUCAACAAAGAAGGUUCCAACAAUGACGAAAAGGAAAAUGCCACUUUGGAAACAAAAGAGCUUCUUGAAUCACCAAAAAGCUUAAUUUCACAGCUGGAAUUGGAGCAGGCUCUAAGGAACAUUGCUAAACUUACAGAUCCAGCUUUUCCAACAGAACCAUCGACGCUGCCCGUCCCGCAUACAGAAGUGAAAAUUGACCCAGAUGAAGAAAAACCUUCAAAUCCUGCUAGUGAGACAGAACUCAUGGCUGCUAUUGACUCAAUAACUGCUGAUCCUGGAACGAUAUCAUUACCUCCUGCAGCGCCAUCAAGUGCCGAUGUAGGUUCAGAACCUGAGAUACAAGACUUGAUUUUGCCUGCCAAGGAAAAUGAAUCUGAAACUAAUAUACCUGCUAUACAGGAGGAGGCUGUCUUCCCUGCCACAUUCAAAAAGGGCACCAAGGGAAGACCUAAACGUUAUAAAGGCCAAAAGCAAGGAAGAAAAGAUUCAAAGGAAGGACCUUCAACAAGAGAGGAAUUGACCACUCCUUUAUCAGAUAGCCCACCUUCCAGUGUAAAGAGUGUUCCUACAACGACUCCAUCAGCAGCAAAGACUCCAUCAGCAGCAACGACUCCAUCAGCAGCAACGACUCCAUCAGCAGCAACGACUCCAUCAGCAGCAACUGCUGCAGUUAUUACGUCUACUACAUGGAAGCCAGAACCUGAGCCUUUAGCUGUCAAGGUUUCAGAUGUGAACGCAGAAUCAGAGUCAUCUUCUGAAGAACAGAUUCAACAUCUUAAAUCUCUUAACCCCCAGUCUAGGAGUCAAAUAUGCCCAAAGCCUCAACAGAUGCCUCCUGAUUGCAUCUCCCCUUCCCUGUCUCCCCUAGCCAACAGGCCAAAUAUCAGACCCAUUCAAACAAAUAGAAUUCCUGUUUCUCCACCAGAUUGGCGCCAUCAAUCUAAAGAUACAGGACUCUCUUCUUCACCUGUCAUGCCAUUGGCAUCCAAGGAAAACCAGCCUAUACCCUCUGACUCUGAAAACAUGGAUAUUGAUCAUGGCACAAGUGACUUGAGGCAGAUUCUUAUGAAACAUAAAAAUAUUUCAUGUCCAGGCAGUAGUUCUAUUCCAAGUAAUCUACCCACCCUGCGAGAUCAAACCCCCUCUGAAAGUAAUACUCCUUCAGCUGUUGUGGCAAAUAAGUCACCACUAUCCGGUAGUGGAAUGGCAGCUCAUCCAGCUCCACCUAUUGUUCGAGCUCCAGCCUCACUACCAUCUUCGGAGACAAAGUCUGUGAUCUCUGUUAUUGCGUCCACUGCAACCUCUGUUAUCAGUCGUGUUUGCAACCCCCCUGAGCCUGAGGACAAAGUAAACAUGAACAUUGGAAAUCCCUGUGUAGACAUGACUCUACCCAAACCAGCUUAUAGACCGAGCAAAGACGAUACUGGAUCAUACCAUGGACCAUCUGUUGGUGAUGGAGGUGGAAGUGCUGCACACUUCAUUGUCGAAAGCCCAACUCUUGGUCCAGGGUCUUGUCCAGGGCUAAGAGUAAAUACAUCUGAAGGAGUGGUAGUAUUGAGCCACUCGGGCCAGAAAACAGAGGGACCACAGAGGAUUAGUGCAAAAAUAAGUCAAAUCCCACAAGCAACAGCAGGUGAUAUGGAAUCUCAGCAGCUGGUGUCCAUGCCCCAGAUAAAACAGGAAAUGUAUGGGCAUUCUCAUUUAGGACUUCAAAAGGGGCCUUCAUUGCAGGCAGAUCAUGGGCAUCCUGGUAAGACGCAGUCAACUUUGUCUUCUAUUAAACAAGAAAGCACUGGUUUGGAAAAGAUGGAAUCUACUUACCAAUCUGGACCUCAAGGAGUAGUGAAGCGUCUCACACAGGGUAACCAGCAAGUCAUGAGUUACCAUCAAGAGUACAUGCCAAUAAAACAUCAAAAGAAAAUGGACAGUGUUGAUCCUCACAGUACAGAUGGAGCUAAACCGACUUGGACCUCUGCCAUAAGUCCUGCAAUCAGCCCCCAUUUGCCCUCUCCACCUGGCAACCACGUAGGUUUUGUUACAGCGGCUGGUGACAGAGCAACCUCUCAUAUCAGUGGGGUCAAACAGGAGCCGCGAUCUCCUCGUAAGUCAGGUCAUCCACACACUCAGUUUACUAAAGUGUCUUCACCCGUAGGCUCCUCGUCACCAAAGGGCAUACCAGUGAUGUUAUCAACUGGCCUUCCUGCCAUGCAACAGUUUAUUACUGGUGUACAUCAUGCAGAGCAGUCGGUUAUCAUGCCACCUCACAGUGUGCCUGGAGGCUUGGGACGAAUGUCUCCUCACCGUGUCAACCAGUCAAUUCCAGUGGGGCAUCUUGUCCAAGGAGAUGUUCGGGUCAAUACUCCACCUCUCUCUGUGAUGAGCUAUGGGAUGCAUAGUGAGCCUCUUACCUCUCAGUGGUCUGGUCCCAUCCAGUCUCGGCCUACCUCACCCCAGACUGUUGGCAGAGACAAGGUUCUCAAGGUAAACCCCGGUUCUUUAAGGGGUCAUGACGGGGAACAGGAAGAAGCCAGACGCUUCCACCAAGCACCAGGAAGACAAUCUGCUCCACAGUUAAAACCAGAAACUAUGCAGUCAGAUCCUCGUGGGUCUAUGCGGAGUAAUGUCCAGUUAGAAACAUACAUGACACAAAGAGAUAUGCGUGUCCUCCUGCACCAACAGGGAGAGCGUUUGGCCACUGACCCUCAUUCUGGAAUUAUUCAAGAGACCCUUCCCUCCUCUUCUGCACCUUCCAGCCUGCCCCUAUCUUUGUCUCCAAGAGCACAUGUUUUGCCUAAAGGUGUGUCUGAGAAGGAUAUAACAAAGCCAUUGGAGGCAAAGAGGCCACACUCUCCUCUUCCUAAAGAUGGAAUGAUGGGGAUCAGACAAACUGGGCAAGCAAUGGCAUCUCCCCAGAGAGUUCAACUAAUGGCACCAGGACCUAGUGGCUCAUUCCCAGAGUAUACAGGGAUGUACUCGAACCCAAGAGGCAUCCAUUCUCUACCAGAGUCGUCUCCUGUUGGACUUAACCAGCCACCACUGAAUGUCACACCAACCAUGGGUGCAGACCCCCAGACAAAACCAGAUGGCAAGCCUGUUAAUAUGGUGCAGUUGCUGACGAAAUACCCAAUUGUGUGGCAAGGCCUGUUGGCACUGAAGAAUGACACAGCUGCAGUCCAGUUGCAUUUUGUCUGCGGUAACAAAGCGUUGGCUCAUCGGUCCCUGCCGCUUCAAGAAGGAGGUGCAUUGCUUCGGAUUGUCCAGAGAAUGAGGCUGGAGGCUUCACAACUAGAGAGUGUAGCUCGAAGAAUGACGGGGGACAGUGACUUCUGUCUUCUCCUUGCGUUGCCAUGUGGACGAGAUCAAGACGACGUCCUAAACCAAACUCAGGCUCUCAAGGCUGCUUUCAUCAACUACUUGCAGACAAAGUUGGCUGCUGGUAUCAUUAAUAUCCCCAACCCAGGUUCCAAUCAGCCUGCCUAUGUGCUACAGAUUUUCCCACCAUGCGAAUUUUCAGAGAGCCACUUAUCUCAGCUCGCCCCCGACCUUCUCAACAGGAUCUCCAGCAUCUCACCACACCUCAUGAUUGUCAUCACCUCUGUGUAA